AUGCAGGUUAUUAUUACCUCCUCCUCCUCCUCCUCCUCCUCCUCCUCGCCCACUGCUCCAACGGCGGCCUCUCAGGCGACUGUCCCGCGCACAACACCCGACACUACCACCACCUCCCCCGACUCCAGGGAUGAGGAUCAGGACUACACCUGCCCUCACUGCGACCGUACGUUCACUUCACACAUCGGCCUGGUCGGUCACUUGCGAAUCCAUCGCACAGAGACUGGCGACCCAGUGCCUGGAGCACCCACCUAUACCCACCAAGCUCGUCUCAACUGCCCACACUGCCCUCGCACCUUCACGCAUCGCAUGGGUCUAUUCGGCCACAUGCGCAUCCACGACGACCUGCGGUAG